GUCUGCAUGUCCUGCAUUCUGUGUGAGUCUCAGGGACAUUUGGAGGGUCUUUGAAGGGGGUGUACGUGAGGAGGAGGGAUCAAUUCUAUUUUCAUGUCAAAAUUACCUGUGGUCUAAGAAAGAAACAAGAGUCAAGGAAUCACAAUGGAGCACACUAAGCAGGUCCGUGUUCUGUUCCUCAGCGAUAUGGAGAAAUUGGAGAAGAGGCUUUUUCGUCUGGAGCAAGGCUUUGAGUUGCAGUUCAGGUUAGGCCCCACACUGCAAGGAAAGGAUGUCACUGUAUAUUCUAACUACCCACUGCCUGGCAGUACAUAUGACCGUCACACCUUCCACCCUCUGCAGUGGCACAACCCAACAGGUCGAGAGGAGGACUCUGAUAAGUUCUGCAAACUGGAUCUGAAGAUCGCUGGCUCAUUCCAGUAUCGCUUCAACCAGUCUGGUCAGAGCAGUGGUGAAGGGUACAUAGUAGUUGAUCCAAUCAUGCGAGUUGGAGCAGAUAACCAUGUUCUGCACUUGGACUGUAUCACACUUCAAACCUUUUUGUCCAAGUGCUUGGGUCCAUUUGAUGAAUGGGAGGACAGACUGCGGGUGGCCAAGGAGUCUGGUUACAACAUGGUGCACUUUACCCCGCUUCAAACUUUGGGAAUAUCUCGCUCAUGUUAUUCUCUGGCUGAUCAGCUGCAGCUGAACCCUGAUUUUUCUAGGCCUGACAAGACAUACAAUUGGAGCGAUGUGGGGAAACUGGUAGACAAGAUGAGAAGAGAGUGGAAUAUGCUGAGUAUCACUGAUGUGGUAUAUAACCAUACAGCCGCCAACAGCAAAUGGAUUCAGCAGCAUCCAGAGUGUGCUUACAACUUGGUGAACUCUCCUCAUCUUAAGCCCGCAUGGCUGCUGGACCAAGCUCUCUGGCAUCUGACCUGUGAUGUGGCUCAAGGAAAAUAUGCUGCAAGAGGCCUUCCAGCUCUUAUAGAAACGGAACAGCAGCUCAAUAGUGUCCGUGGCAUAAUAUGGGAGGAUAUAUUCCCCAAACUGAAGCUUUGGGAAUUUUAUCAGAUAAAUGUGGCCAAAGCUGUGGAACAAUUCAGAGCUCUGCUCAGUACAGGUGCACAGAAGAAGGGAGGUAAAUCGGACCCAAAGCAAUUGGUGAUAAUUCAAGACCCAGAAUAUAAGCGCUUUGGCUGCUCUGUGAAUAUGGAGAUUGCUCUCCACACUUUCAUACCGAACAGUAAUGGGCCUGCUGCCAUUGAAGAAUGUUGUACCUGGUUCCGCAAGAGGCUUGAGGAGCUGAAUGCAGAAAAACAUAAACAGAUUAACUUUCAUCAUGACCAGGCUGUGAAUUGCAUUUUGGGUACCAUGACGUACGAACGACUGGCAGGUCAUGGGCCAAAGCUUGGAGCAGUAACAAAGAAAGAUCCCAUGGUCACCAGGUACUUUACUUUCCCAUUUGAAGAAAUAUCUUUGGCAGAGGAAGAGCCUUUGAUGCAUCAGGCAGACAAAGCUUGUUAUUUCAUGGCUCAUAACGGGUGGGUUAUGGGGGACGACCCACUGAAAAACUUUGCAGGACCAGACUCCAAUGUCUACCUUCGUAGAGAGCUGAUCUGUUGGGGGGACAGUGUAAAAUUGAGGUAUGGUGACAAACCAGCAGAUAGUCCCUACCUUUGGGAACACAUGAAGAAGUACACAGAAAUCACUGCCAAAUAUUUCCAUGGAGUCCGCCUGGACAACUGCCACUCUACACCCAUUCAUGUUGCGGAGUACUUACUGGACGUUGGUAGGAAAAUCCAACCAGAUUUGUAUGUAAUGGCUGAACUGUUCACUGGGAGCGAAGAGCUGGACAAUGUGUUUGUCAAUAGACUGGGCAUUAAUUCUCUAAUCAGAGAGGCUAUGAGUGCCUAUAACAGCCACGAGGAGGGACGGCUGGUGUAUCGUUUUGGAGGGGAACCAGUGGGGUCUUUUGUACAGCCUUGCCUCCGACCUUUGGUUCCCAGUAUUGCUCAUGCGCUCUUCAUGGAUGUUACACAUGAUAACGAGAGUCCAAUAGCGCAUCGGUCUGCUUAUGAUGCACUACCCAGCUCUGCCAUAGUUUCUAUGGCUUGUUGUGCUACUGGCAGCACCCGUGGGUACGAUGAAUUGGUGCCUCAUCAGAUUUCUGUAGUUUCCGAGGAAAGGUUUUACACAAAGUGGAAUCCCAAGCUAGCGUCUCUAAAUCCUGCGGAAGUUAAUGAAAAGAGUGGUAUUAUUGCUGGCAAGAAGGCACUGAACAAACUUCACCAAGAGCUGGCUGCUUCCGGAUUCAUUCAGGUGUAUGUUGAUCAGGUAGACGAGGAUAUUGUAGCAGUUACCCGACAUUGUCCCCAUACACACCAAUCAGUUGUUGCUGUAUCGAGGACGGCAUUUAGAGAUCCCAAAACCUCAUUCUACAGCAAGGAGGUCCCACAAAUGUGCAUUCCAGGUAAAAUUGAGGAGGUGAUUUUGGAAGCAAGAACAGUAGAUCGGAAAGCUGAGCCUUAUGCGCAGGACCUAGAGUUCAUUAACGGUUUGCCGCAAUACACAGUGGAAAUCCGGGAAAACAUCCAGCUCAGUGACAGCAAGAUUGUCAGACAAGCUGGUAUCGCCACAAAAGGACCCAGUGAAUUUGUCCAAGAAAUAGACUUUGAGAAUUUGACCCCAGGAAGCGUGAUUAUUUUCAGGGUGAGUUUGGAUCCCAAAGCUCAGAAGGCUCUGGCUGCCUUGCGCAGUCACCUUAUACAAUUCACUCCCCACUUUACUUCUGGCAGCCUGCAGGAUGACCAAGCACCUCCUGUCCUGAAAAUUCCAUUUGCAAGUAUCGCCUCCAAGCUGUCUCUGGCGGAACUAAACCAGGUACUGUAUCGCUGUGAUGCGGAAGAGCAGGAGGAUGGUGGAGGCAGUUACAACAUCCCUAACUGGACACCUCUGAAAUAUGCUGGUCUACAAGGUUUAAUGUCCGUAAUGGUGGAUAUAAGACCUAAGAAUGAUCUUGGACACCCCUUUUGUGAUAAUCUCAGGUCUGGAGAUUGGAUGAUUGAAUAUGUCAGUAAUCGUCUCAUUUCGCGUGGAGGGGCAUGUUCACAAGUUGGUAAAUGGUUGGAGGCAAUGUUUACCUAUUUAAAGCAGAUACCACGCUAUCUCAUCCCAUGCUACUUUGAUGCUAUAUUGGUCGGUGCCUACACUACCCUUCUCGAUGCCACAUGGAAACAAAUGUCCAGCUUUGUUCAGAAUGGAUCCACCUUAGUAAAGCACUUGGCUCUGGGAUCUGUGCAGAUGUGUGGAAUUGGCAGAUUCCCAGCUCUUCCAGUACUGUCUCCAUCUCUGACGGACGUACCAUACCGCCUCAACAAUAUCACACAGGAGAAAGAGCAAUGCUGCCCCUCCUUAGCGGCUGGUCUUCCCCAUUUCUCUUCUGGAAUUUUCCGUUGCUGGGGUAGGGACACGUUUAUAUCUUUAAGAGGUUUGCUGUUGAUCACUGGACGUCACAUUGAGGCCAGGAACAUUAUCCUAUCUUUUGCUGGUACUUUAAGACAUGGGCUAAUACCCAACUUACUGGGACAGGGGACAUACUCCAGGUAUAACUGUCGUGAUGCAGUGUGGUGGUGGCUGCAGUGUAUACAGGACUACUGUAAUGUUGUCCCUAAUGGCUUAGCGAUCCUGCAGUGCCCCGUCUCCAGGAUGUACCCAACAGAUGAUUCUCCUUCCUUGUCUGCUGGAGAAGUAGAUCAGCCUCUCUACCAGGUUAUUCAGGAAGCAGUGCAGCGUCAUGCACAGGGGAUCAACUUCAGAGAGAGAAAUGCUGGUCCUCAGAUAGAUCGGAAUAUGCGAGAUGAAGGUUUCAACAUUAGUGCUGGUGUAGAUCCAGUUACUGGCUUUGUAUUUGGGGGGAACCGAUUAAACUGUGGAACAUGGAUGGAUAAGAUGGGGGAGAGUGAAAGAGCAAGGAAUAAAGGAAUUCCAGCAACUCCAAGAGAUGGCUCAGCUGUAGAAAUCAUUGGCCUUAGCAAAUCUACCGUGCGUUGGUUGAAGAGUCUGAGUGAGAAAAAUGUCUAUCCAUUCAAAGGAGUCAAGGUGCAACGAGCAGGAAAAGAGGUUAUGUUGACAUUUUCUGAAUGGAACCAACAAAUCCAAGACCACUUUGAGAAGCUUUUCUAUGUGUCCGAUAAUCCAUCUGACCCCAAUGAGCAACGUCCUGAUCUGGUCCAUAAGCGUGAGAUUUACAAAGACAGUUAUGGAGCAUCAAGCCCUUGGUGUGACUAUCAACUCCGUCCAAACUUCCCUAUUGCCAUGGUCGUGGCCCCAGAGCUGUUUACUCCACAAAAAGCAUGGAAAGCGCUGGAGGUGGUUGAGAAAAAGCUACUGGGUCCUUUAGGAAUGAAAACACUGGACCCAGAUGACAUGGUGUACUGUGGAGUCUAUGACAACAAUUUGGAUAAUGACAACUAUAAUCGUGCGAAAGGGUUUAACUACCAUCAAGGACCGGAAUGGCUUUGGCCCAUUGGGUAUUUCCUGCGUGCUAAGUUGUAUUUUGCAAAGCAGAUCAGCCAGGAAUCGUAUCAAAAGACAGUGUUUUUAGUGAAAAACUGCCUAUCUCGUCAUUACACGCAUCUAGAAAGAUCUUCCUGGAAAGGUCUCCCGGAACUGACCAAUGAGAACGGUCAAUAUUGUCCUUUUAGCUGUGAAACCCAGGCCUGGUCACUUUCUGUAGUGCUGGAGGUUCUGUAUGAUUUGUAAAUCACUCUUCUCUCCAUGCUUCAUCGAUUCAUCAUGUCCCAGGUCCUUCGUGAAAAUAAGAUGCUAUUGAGAAGCAGAUGGUCGGCAUAGAUAAUAGCAACCUCUAGGGGAGGAACUGUGUUUUAUGUGAUGACAUAAUUUGGAACUUGACUUACACAUCACAGCAAGUUGUUUGUCUCCAAACCUCUACUUGUUAAUACUUAGUCACUGAGACAGAUGGCAUCCUAUGUGUUGCUUUGUUUAUUCUGCAUGGAACACUGUUUAGCUAUGAUAUUCAACAGUCAUACAUUUACCUGCAUUUGAAUGAGUUUACACCUCACUUUAACUCUAGUGUUAAUCUUUUUUUUUUUGUUUUUUCCCUUUGUUCUUAUUCAAUACAAAAACACAAUUCUGAAAACCUGAAUGCCAAUAAUGUCUUGGCUGAUAAUGUCUAGUUAUGGAUCAUGUCAUAUUCCUUGUGUAACUUAGAAAGAUAUAGUUAUGAGCUCAGAUACUAAGUGAGAAUUAAGCAAAUUUAAUUCCCUUUUACCACUGUAAGAAGAAAGAUACAUGUGUUUGGAUAUAGGAUUGGAUUUUGCCGUGUGUAAGUGGGAGCUGAGCCAAUAGUUUGUCUGAACAUUUUAAAGGAAUUAUUUGCAAACUGUGCACAGUAAAAUAAAAUAUAAAUAAUUUAAAACAUAGAAUAUAUGACUGUUUUCUUGUAAUAAGUAUUUUAGUAGGAAGGAUGUUUGUAGAAUAGACACAGUGUGAUCGUUAAGUUAGAUUAUGUUGCAAAUUACUGUUUGUUUAUUGUCCAGUCUGUAUCUGUGCAAUACCCAGAAUAAAAUGUAUGAUAUUAUUUGA